CCGCCAUCUUUGAAGAGGGCAAAAGCGACGGUGUUUUGACGUCGUCGCUCCUAACCUACGUAUUAAGGCGUCGCUGCGGAAGUUGCGAAGGAUAGGAAAAGCUGAGAGAGACGCCGGGACAGAGGAACAAGUCUGGUGAUAAACAUGGUGGAGUAUGGGAUCUCUAUGGGGCAGCAAGUGGCCGUGGUUUGGGACAGCCAGUCUCCACCUGAAGCCCUGCAAUCCCUUGUGCAGAAUAUCCAGGCGGCAGUUGGCGUCGAGGGCCACGUCUCUGUCGAAAACGUCAACCAGUUGCUGCAGUCAUCCCAUAAGGAGUCCAGUUUUGAUGUGAUUCUCUCAGGCAUGGUGCCUGGCAGCACGACGGUUCACAGUACGGAAGUGCUGGCCGAAAUAGCGCGGAUCCUUAAGCCAGGAGGACGGGUGCUUCUGAAGGAAGUGGUGACAACAGAGACAAGUAACAGCAGCAAACUCAAGGCAAUGGCCAAGCUACCUGCAGCUUUGACCCUCUCUGGGUUAGUCGACGUAAAGGAGAUCCAGAAGGAGACUUUAACGCCAGAGCAAGUGCAGUCCAUCCGGGAGCGCUUGGGUUUGCAAGGCGGGGAGCUCCUCUCUGUCCAAAUGGAAGGCAAAAAACCAAAUUUCGAAGUGGGAUCCUCCAGCCAGCUCAGGCUUUCUUUUGCCAAAAAACCCACUGCAGCUGAAAAGCCCGCUGUGGAUCCUUCUGCUGCCAAGCUGUGGACUCUUUCUGCCAACGAUAUGAAUGACGACGACGUGGAUUUGCUGGAUUCAGAUGAGCUCCUGGAUCCCGAGGAUUUGAAAAAGCCCGACCCGGCUUCCCUGAAAGCCCCCUCCUGCAAGGAAGCCGGGAAGAGGAAAGCCUGCAAAAACUGCACCUGUGGCCUCGCUGAAGAGCUGGAGCAGGAGAAGAGGAGCGCGCAGCCCAAAUCCGCCUGCGGGAACUGCUACCUGGGGGACGCCUUCCGCUGCGCCAGCUGCCCUUACCGGGGGAUGCCGGCCUUCAAGCCGGGAGAGAAGAUCCUCCUGAAUGAGGACGGCCUCCACGACGCCUGAGAAGAGCGAGGGACCUUGACAAGCCUCCUUGGGGUCUGCAGCCCACUUUGGCUCGCUGGACAAGGAAGCGGAGACUUCGAUGGGAGGCAAGGCAAAGAAGGACUCCAAAGAAACCACUGUUAGUGUCUUAGUAGGUGACAGAUUGCAGUAUUCUCUCUGAAUGUAUACAUUUAUGAAGAUCUGUGUUGUCUUUCACUUCUAGGACUUCUAGGACUCCCUCCAGGUGUUUCGGACUUCAACUCCCACCAUUCCUAGCAGCCGGUAGGCUGCUAGGAAUGGUGGGAGUUGAAGUCCGAAACACCUGGAGGGAGGGCCCAAGUUGGCCCAUGCCUGCUUCUAGGCAUUGGCAAUCGUCAUCCGCUUCGUAGAAACAAUUGUCUCAUCCCAGGGCCCUUGUUUACAAAAGGGAGUUAUGUCAAGUCCAUCAGACGAAGGCCUUAUGCAAUGGAAGUGUAGCAUCAGUUGUGAGGUGACAGUUGCACAGUCUCACGUGUCAUUGGAAUGCUAUGAGGACUGGAAAUUAAACACUCAUAAAAUAA